CCAUCCCCCAGGAAUAUAUAAAGAGCCCCAACCUCAGCCACUGACCGACCCUGGCCAACAGGCUUCUGUCCUUGUUAAUUACAGAGAAACAAUCCCAAACCGGGAGCUCCGCCUGGGAUUUGCUGGCCUGCAGCAGCCAGGGACUGGCGUUUCUCCCUCUCUGCUGAAUCCAGGUAUCCCACCUGCAUCUCUGAAGAACAUGGACAUGACGGACAGCUGCCAGUUCUCGCCUUCUGAGUACUUCUACGAUGGCUCCUGUAUCCCCUCCCCUGAGGAUGAGUUUGGGGACCAGUUUGAGCCAAGAGUCGCAGCCUUCGGAGCACACAAAGCUAAGCUGCAGGGUUCAGACGAUGAGGAGCACGUGCGUGCACCUACUGGCCACCACCAGGCUGGUCACUGCCUCAUGUGGGCCUGCAAAGCUUGCAAGAGGAAGUCCACUACCAUGGAUCGACGCAAGGCUGCCACCAUGCGCGAGCGCAGACGCCUGAAGAAGGUCAAUCAAGCUUUCGAGACGCUCAAGCGGUGCACCACAACCAACCCUAACCAGAGACUCCCCAAGGUGGAGAUCCUCAGGAAUGCCAUCCGCUACAUUGAGAGCCUUCAGGAGCUGCUGAGGGAACAGGUCGAGAACUAUUACAGCCUGCCCGGACAGAGCUGCUCCGAGCCCACCAGCCCCACCUCCAACUGCUCUGAUGGCAUGCCUGAAUGUAACAGCCCUGUCUGGUCCCGAAAGAACAGUAGCUUUGACAGCAUCUACUGCCCUGAUGUAUCAAACGCAUGUGCUGCAGAUAAGAGCUCCUUGUCCAGCUUGGAUUGCUUGUCCAGCAUAGUGGAUCGGAUCACGUCUGCAGAGCCAUCCGAGUUGGCUCUUCAGGACCCAACUUCUCUCUCUCCAGCUGCCAGCACCAAUUCACAGCCUGCAACCCCGGGGUCCUCCAGCUCCAGACUUAUCUAUCACGUAUUAUGAACUAUCUCCUGGUGAUCAGUCCUGCUAGGAGGGUCUACUACACGGGAGAAAGGAAGCCCCGGGUCGGAAGGGAAGACAAGCAGCACACAAUAUGUGCUUUUCCGUUGUAAAUACUGUCCUGCCACUUUAUAAGAAAAUGUAUUUAACUGAAAGUCUCAUCUGCAAUAAUGACUUCUCCUCUGCCUGUUCUUUUUGCUUUGAAUUUUAGCUUUCGUUUGCUUUAGAUACAUGGUUCCAAAAAUAUUUUUUCCAAUGGAGGCAAUUAAUUGACUGUUACUCAUAGUAAUUUUUAACUUAAACAUAUAUUUUGUAAAUAUUGCUCAUCAAAAUAACUUUGGUAUUUAGAGCUCUAUUUUUUUUCUUCAAAAAGCAUUUUAAUAGCUUGGAAUCCAUUACAGGGAAUUAAAUAUAUAUAUUUAACUUUUGCUUUUCUCUUUAAUCUUUUGUUAAUAGUAUAUCAAAUGAAAAUAUAACAAUUCUGCCUAAUGAUAUAUAUUUUCAUCUUUUUCUUAUAAGAAAGACUUCUUUCAAUGUAAGCAAUAAAUAAUACAUUGUGGAUAAUUUCAAAAUAUAAAAAAUUUGUAAAUUUCACUAUAAAUAAAAUUGUUUACUGAAAUAACUAAUUUGUUUUUGGCUUUUAAAAAUAACGUCCCCAAUGAAAUUAGCAAAUCAUGAACAUGAAACAUUUAAGUGUGGGUUAAUUAUGAUUAUACAAUUGACCUUGUCGAUAAGUAUGAAGAUAAUUUACAAAUUUCUUUCAGACUUUUUGAUGUCGCCGUAAAAAUAGCCUUUUUUAUUUUAAAUGUAGUUCAAGAAUGCCCGGUAAGUGAAGCCCCCUUUUCCUUGCUGUUAUUCCAUACAGUGUCGAGUUGUAUAUGAAAAAGUACAGUAAAAAUUUACAGGACAAUAUCACUUGUUUAAGCAAAAAAAAAACUUAAAACAUAUUAUAUCAUUUUACUAUAUAUAGUACAUUGCCAAUCAUGAACCAGGUUUUAUUAACUUUCGUAUAUGCCUGAAAAUAACUUGGUAAAUAUAGUAUUAUUCACAAUAAAAUGUUUAAAGGAGGU